AGACUACCAACAACUCAACGAGUAUACCCCUGCGCCGGCAAUUCGUCGGCGGCUGCAGUUUGGCCCACCACUGCCUUUCUCGUCUUCAACAACCAACCCAGGCAGCCAACCCAGGCAGCCGUUAAAGGCUGCAACUUGCCCACGCACUCUCGACCCGAAACUCCAUCAAUACCUAGCUAUUCCGUCCCUGCAACGCAACAAGCCCAACAGACAUGACGGAUUCUAACAAAUUGAGUGAGAACCCUACUCACGAUGCCUCAACUCAUCUGGAUGGCAAGUUCCCAUCCUCCCAAACUUCAGGCAAGGACGACACGCUAACGGCACCGCUAGGACCAGAGGCCGGCCGCGACGACAACGACGGCAAACAAAACGACUUCGAACCCUGUACCUUCUUCUUCUACGGUAGCCUCAUGGACCCCCAGGUGCUGAUGGCAGUCGCCAAGCUGGACGACCAGCCCGACCUGCAGGACGUAUGGGUCGAGGGCUUUGAGAUGAAGAUGUGGGGUGGCAUCUACCCGGUGCUGUUGCCGAUCAACGACACCGAUAACAACAGCGGCGCGAGCCACCGGAUCAAGGGCAAGGCAUGGCGCGCUACUACCAUGGACCAGUGCCUGCGGCUUCAGCGGUACGAGACGUCAGCGUACGAGCCUGCCGACUGUCGUCUAUACCACCCGGGGGGCGGCGAGCCGACCAAGGGUCUGGUGUUUGUGUGGGCUCGGGAUCCCGGAAGUAAUCAGCUCGCGGAAGGGGUAUUUGAUUUGGAGGAUUGGCAGAAGACUCAUAAACCGAGUCGCUUUCCAGUUUAGAGUUCUGUUAUAGUUAGGUACUGCUCGUUCCGGAGGAUUCUGGAAAUUCUCCAGGAAGCAAUUCAAUACAGUUUCUACGAUUAG